CUCACGCACGCACGCAGCGACGAGAGGAGACGGAAGGGCCGCGGGGGGCGGAGAGAGAGAGAGAGACACUUGCGGAGUUGAGCAGAGGAGUCUUUGUGGGCGGGUGGAGGGUUUUGUGUGUGCGUCGGUCAGAGAGACGUGGGCCGCAAGCUGCCGUUGACAUUUUUCUCAUCGGAAUAUCUGUCUCCACGAACGAGGAGGGAAGAUGCGCGACACACCGAGAAGUCCGGACGACUGCCACAGCCGUGACAGCGGCAUGGGGCUGUCCCCUCGCGCCGGGACCCCCGCCUCGCCCUGCUACAGCCACGGAGGAGGACCCAGCUCCCCGCCCGAGAGCUCGUGCUCUGCUCGGCAGACCGGUGGUGACAACCCGCGAGUCUACCAAGGCGUGCGCGUGCGUUGCACGGUCCGCACCCUGCUGGAGCGACAGAGGAACGGCCAAGUGACGGGCCAGACCCAGGUGCAAGGAAGUCUCAGCAAUUGCAUGGAAGACCAAAGAUACAUCCCCAACAAGCGCCGGAGUAGUGGCAACACGCCCGUGCCCUCUAAGCGAGUGUGUCCAUCCCAGCCGCCCAAACAGGAGUCGGACUCCGCCUUCGAGAUGCCGGAGAUGUUCCAGGAAAACUCCUCCGAGUACCAAAGCGACGACCUGCAGGAAAUCCUCGAUAACAUCCUCGAGAUAGAGGAGCGGGACAUGUUCAAAUCGUCUUCUCCCCAGCCGGAGAUGGGGACGAUCACCCACGAUCCGAACAACACACAGGAGCUCUUCCUGCCUUUGGAGGAUUGCUGGCCGGACAAGAAGUUCACGCCGGCGGAGCCGAAGCCGCAAGAGUGGCCUUAUGCCGAGCUCGACGUGGGGAAGCUUCCCAAGGUGGACAACAAAUGGGUGUACAUCUCCGAUCGCCAGCCUCAGCAACAGCAGCAGCAGCAGGCCGCCCCUUCCCCCCUGGGGGGCAGGCCGAGCGAGCAGCCGCGGCAUCAACCUCCCGCUCCUUCUGCUCCUCCUGCUCCUCCUGCUCCUCCCGCUCCUCAUCUGGCGCCCAACACAAGCAGCACUUGCUCCCAGGGCAGCGGCUCGUCGUUCCUGGACAGGCAGAUCCAGCAGAUGGAGCAGAAGCUGGCGCACGUGACGACGCAGCAGCUGUGCCAGAAGGACGUGGACGGCGACACGUUGCUGCACAUCGCGGUGGUUCACGGUCAGCGGGCGCUGGCGUUCGUGCUGGCGCGGAAAAUGGCGAGUCACGGGUACCUGGACGAACGGGAACACAAUGGCCUGUCGGCAUUGCACCUGGCGACCGUGACCAAUCAGCCUCUGAUCGUGGGUGACCUCAUGAGGCUGGGCGCUGAGAACAGCACCACCGACCGUUGGGGCCGGUCCCUGAUCCACGUCUGUGCCGAGGGUGGGUUCCUGCAGGUGCUGGAGGUUCUGAAGAAGUGGUGCAAGCAGAGGGGAAAGGUCUUGGAGGUUGACGUUACGAAUUUCGAAGGCCUCACGCCGCUGCACUGCGCGGUGAUGGCGCACGGCCAGACAGCGCGGGAGCUGCAGGCGAUGCUCGAACGCCCCCAGAAUGCCUCUGGGGCGGCGGAGCUGGUGCGGCUGCAGCAGCGCAAGCAGCACCUCCUGGGCACCGUCGCCAUGCUGCUGGGCAUGGGCGCCUCGCUCCACGCUCAGGAUGGGAAGAGUGGCAGGUCAGUGAUUCACUUCGCUGUGCAGGACUCCAACCUCGAGCUGCUCGACUUCCUGCUCCGUCUCCCGACGUGCAGUCCACAGCUGAUCAACAUGAAGGCUUACAACGGGAACACGGCGCUGCACGUGGCGGCCGGGAUGGGCAACGGCGGUGCCUGCGGUGGCAGCGAGCAGGAGAACGUGAUCCUGGUGCUGAUGCACUACGGCGCCGACCCGAGCGUGCGCAACCUGGAGAACGAGCAGCCGCUCCACCUGGUGUACCAGGGCAGCGCGAGCGCCGAAUUGGUGAAACAGAUCCUAAGAGGGAGGGCUGGGGUGUCUCCACGAGCAAGGGCCCCUGCUCAGGCCAUCCUGGGCAGGCAGUGACUUUGGUUCGCAUGGCGUCGCCCUGGUCAGAAAAUCACUGUCAUGUGACAGUCGGGUUUCCUUCAAUGUUUUCAAUUUAGCGACUUAAGGUGUCUGGGUUUGGCUCCUAGGCCGUCGAGCACGAAGGCUCGCAAACGCACCGUCUCUUAGGGCCUUCCAACGUCCGCGAACGUGAAAUGCCGAAGCAAAUAAACGCGACGUCUCCAUUUUCUACGAGAUCCCAAAAAGCGAACGCCGAUGAAUUGCCAUUUUCCAGCCAAUUUUUUGUUCAUCGGUUAAAAAAGCCGAGCAUCGGCCACCACUAGCAACUUCUGACAGCCUAUUUAUCUACGUAUUUAUUUCCGCUAAAACAAACGGCGUGCACCGUAGAUGCAAAUUGGUCACGAGCAGUAAGCGGCUUAUCAUUGCUGCUAAAAACUGUCAACCAUAUUCCCUCUUUUAAACACCAAUUUGGUUUUGGUUGUUGUCGCGUUAUUUGUUUUUUGGCCGGGUGGAGGGUGGGGGGUGUGGCAACCACUCCUAAAAUGCCCCCCCCCCAACCCUCCCCCAGUCCACGUUCGAGACUUGGAAGGUGCGAUUUUGGCUGCGUGUGUGGGACGGUGCUUGCGAGCUGUCGUGGCUUGUGCCACAAGGAACUUUUCCCAGGGACUGUUGCGAAGUAUUCAUGGUUUCUAUGAAACUCCACGUGUUGGUCGCGUUACGUGGCCACCUGUAUAGUUAUACGAUGAGGCGCUCCCCCUUAUAUAACCACUUUCGUUUCUCUUACUGUCAUUUUUACGCGUGAUUUUUGUUGUCGUUGUUGUUAAAGCGUAGAUCGUGUCGGAGAAAGUUUCACUCAUCUGGUAGGCGUGGGCAUUGACUGCCCCUCGAGAGAGAGAGAGAGGCAUUUAAUGCUUUGAAGCCCAGAGAUUUAUCGUUCUCCAAACCUCCGCUCAUUCAUGACCAAGUGCGCAGGCGGGGACAGAAUAAAUCUCAAUAGAGACCCGGUUAGAGGGGUUAUUAUGGUUAGUGCUCAGCAAUUACGAAUUAUAUUUUUCAUGAAAUGUUUUUAUAACGUAUAAUCAGUUAGAAACCAUUGACGUAAUGGCUAUUACAUAGCUUUAAACGUCGCUAUAAUUAAGCUCUAUUCCACAGCACAGUCAUUAUUAUAGUCCACGUUUGGCUGCCUAUUGUAAUAGCGAUGAGAGGAUUAUGAGUGAGAUUGGUCAAUGAGACGGACAAUUCGCGUGGCUUAUUUAUUUUAAUUAUUUUGUUCUUACAGAUGAGUUAAACUUGGCUCUGCAACAAAGUCAAUACGUUUAGCAUACAUUAUAUUUAAUAUUUU